AUGAUUGGCAGACCAUGGCACAGAAGUUUCAGAGAUUGUGCAGUCUUGGGCUUGCUAUGCAGAAAUGCAGGCGAGUUCAUUGAGGAUUUUUAUGCCAGCUCGGUGAAGCCAACGUUUGGUAUGCUUGUUGGUGGAGCUACUCGUGCACCGACGGGUCUUGCGCCGACAGGUGACCCUGACAAGGAUUUGUCCCUUGUCAUGGCCCAUGUGCCCAAAACCGCCUUCCAUGACUCCAUUGCUUUGGAUUUCAAAGCGGCUGCAAGGUCUUGGCGAGGUGCCAAGGGCCUGGAGGAUUCUGUGAAGAUCUAUGUCCACCCAGUACCCAACUGUGCUGGGGAGGAGCUCCUGGAUUUGUUCACCUCGCAGAACAGUGGAUUUGGCUGGACUCGUGCUGUUCAGCUGCAUGCCUUGCACAUCAAGGCCGUACAUGACGCCAUCAUGCGUUCUCCGGCGCGUGUGGAGGACCCAAAAGAAGCAACGGUCUUUUAUAUCCCAGCUUUCUACAGCUUGCUUGUUGAGCGAUACAUUGACUUGACAGAAAGGAAUGAAGUGGCUGUGCUGAACUGCAUGUCGAACUCUUGGAGCAUGCUUCGAGAGGAGUUUUGGCACCGGAAUGCUGGCUACGACCAUUUUAUCUCAGCUGGCACAUGCCAUCCUUAUUCUGUGUGUGCUGCCCUGGAGUGUGACGUCACGAACUUUCAUCCGUUUGCCGUGAAUGUAUUUGCAUUGGUUGGGGGUGUACGCCAGAUUGGCCAUCCGGACUUUGCGUUCACACCUGGCAAGGGCUUUCAGAUGCUGCGCACGGUAAUUGUUCCUUUCCCUGUAACGCUGGACUGUGAGCGGCUCCUCCAGCUUUCGAAGCCUGACAGGGCUCGAUCGAUUGAUGUAGCUUUCGUUGGUACGGAGAACUCGCGCGUGCGACAAAUCUUUAGGGAGCUGAUGGAAGACACAUCCUUACCUUAUAGUCGCAACCCCCGCUUUCACAUACGUGUGCUUCCAGACGACGAUGUAGGAGAAUGGGCUCGGAAAAUGGCAUUGGACUCCGAGUCUGAUGAGAGUGGCAUGCGCAGCAUCGAUGAGAUCUACUCCAACUCUCAGUUUUGCCUCGUGCUGCCUGGGCACAUGUAUGAUCUGGGUCGACGGGCGUUCGAUGCAAUGGCCAGGGCAUGCAUCCUGGUGAUCGUCGCCAUGGAGCCGAUGUUUGUAAGUGUGCCUUUUACUUGGCAAAUACCAUGGGAGGAGUUUGCAAUAUUUAGUGCUAUCAGAAAUGUGGAGGAUGCUGGUCGGUUAAUAGAUACGCUGAGCACAGCGGCGCAGGAAGAAUCUGGUAGAGCAGCCAUUUCUGCUCGCCGCCAGGCGAUGUUGAAGCACCUUCCACACCUAUUCCUCCCGCCGCACAAGAACUGCCUGCCGGGAACGCCUACUGCCACAGAUGGCAUACUGCGAGAGAUCGCGGUGCGGCAGGCAGCUUGGGCGGCCAUGUCGACAGUGAGGUCGCCCAGCUGGCAUCUUGCUGGCCAGUUGACCGUGUAA